AUGGACGGUGGUGGAGAGAUGACGGCGACGACGGAGGCGAGAGGGUUGAAGAAAGGGCCGUGGACGACGACGGAGGAUGCGAUCUUGACGGAAUACGUGAAGAAACACGGCGAGGGAAACUGGAACGCCGUGCAGAAGAACUCAGGCUUGCUCCGGUGUGGGAAAAGCUGCCGUCUACGGUGGGCGAAUCAUCUAAGGCCAAAUCUGAAGAAAGGAUCCUUUAGUCCUGAUGAAGAGAAGAUCAUUAUCGAGCUUCACGCUAAGAUGGGGAACAAAUGGGCUCGUAUGGCUUCUCAGUUACCGGGAAGAACAGACAACGAGAUCAAGAACUAUUGGAACACAAGGAUGAAGAGAAGACAACGAGCUGGUUUGCCUUUAUACCCUCAAGAGUUUCAUCAUCAAGUUAAUUAUGAUCAUGACGAUGAUCAGUUUGAGUUUGAGUUUGAUUCCUUUCAAUUCCAAAACCAAGAUCACCAAAAUAUGAUUCAAUACACUAAUUCCUCUAACACUUCAUCAUCCUCGUCUUCAUUCUCUUCUUCAUCCUCUCAACCUUCAAAAAGGCAGUGUAUUGAUCCCUUAGUCUCUACUAAUCCCGGCGGCCUAAACAAGAUCCCCGAUUCUCCGAUGAAUUUUCAAAUGUUCUCUCUUUACAACAACAAUAGCCUUGAGAAUGAGAGUAACCAGUUUGGUUUCUCUCUUCCUUUGUCCUCAUCCUCAUCUUCGAAUGAGUUUUGUAAUCCUGACCAACUUCUUGAGCUCAUCUCCGAGAACUCGGGCACCAACAAGAAAGACAUUGAUGCUAUGAGUUAUAGUUCGUUGCUCAUAGGAGAUCAUGAGAUGAGACAGAGUUUCUUCCCUUUAGGACUAGACAAUGCGGUCCUAGAGCUUCCUUCAAACCAAACAUCGAACCAUUCGUUUCUCGACAGUGGUCUCCAUCUUGAUCCACCUGCUCGCAACAGUGGAUUGCUUGACGCCCUCUUGGAAGAGUCUCAAGCCUUGUCUCGUAGCGGAAUCUUCAAGGACGCUAGGGUUUCUCCGAGUGAUCUAUGUGAGGAUCAAGACAAGAGGGUGAAAAUGGAGUUUGAGAAUCGGUUAAUAGAUCAUCUAAACUCUUCUCAUCAAUCAUCAUUCGAACCAAACCCUAGUCUUUACAAGAAGUACAAUGAGCCAACAACGGUGAAAGCAACGGUGGAUGAUGAUGAUGAGUUAUUGAUGAGCCUUCUCAACAACUUCCCUUCACCCACACCAUUACCAGAUUGGUACCAGACAGCGGAAAUCCAAACUCAUGAAGACUCAUAUCUUGCCUCACCGAGCGGAGUUCUUGUCGGAAACCAUCAAGGUAAUAGUGGUGUGGAACCACAAAUGGGGCCACCUUCGUCCGGUGUAGAUCCUAUGGCCUCGUUGGGGUCAUGCUAUUGGAGCAACAUGCCUAGUAUCUGCUAA